AUGAGCUGGGGACCGAUCGUUGCGCGCCGUGCGGCGCGUGUGCCGUCUACGCUGCGAGCGAGCUCCAGCGCUGCCGGCGACAAGCGCCGCCCACGCGAGUCGCUUCUGCGGCGCAACCUGGCGCCGCUGUCGCCGCCGACGCCACCGCCGAGCGGCACGCAGUACAGCCCACUCACAGUGUCGCUCGUCAAGGGCGUCGGCCGCCUGCUCGGCUACAACUUUGUGCGCAGCAAGGCCAUCAAAGUCACGGGUGACCUGUAUGACCGCGCAGCGAUGCGCGCGCAGGCGGAAGCGCACUUCUGGUACAAGGAGUGUGCGCUGCCGGCCUCGUUCCAGACGUGGUUCCAGCUGACGAACCUGCACAUGUUCCUGCUGCUGAGCCGCUUCCGCGCGCUGCCCGCAGAGGAGGCACGCGAGUACACGCAGGAGCUGAUCAACCACUUUUUCAUCGAUACCGAGUCGCGCAUGCGCGAGCGCUUCGGCGUGCAGACGUCGCGCCUGGUCAAGGGCUACAUGAAGGACCUGCAUCUGCAGCACCGCGGCUCGAUUGUCGCCUACGAGGAGGGCCUUGCCACGGACGACGUGCGUCUCUCUGGCGCCAUCUGGCGCAACGUGUGGGGCGGCGGAUGGGGCGUCAUUGGCGGCGUCAAGCGCAAGAUGCCCCUCCUCGGCCGCACGAAGCGUGUGCCCGAAGCAUCUGACGACGGCGCCCCGGAGCUGGCGGUCGACAAGGAGGCGCCGACGCUCGGCGCCAGCGAGCCUGACGAGGACAGCGCGGCGCGUGCCGAGCUGCUCUUCCCCCAGCACCUGGAGCGAGUCACGCGCUGGCUGCGCCGCGAGGUGUACCGCCUGGGCCACCUGCCCAACGACGUGAUCCUGGAUGGCGACGUGCAUGCGCCGCGUGCUGCGCAGGCCGGCGACGUGGUGGGCCCGCCGGUGCCCGGCGCCGAGGUGGCCCGAGCGCCUGGCGCGGGCGACGGCGGCCAGCGCGAGGUGGUGUCGGCGUACACGCGGAUCUAA